CGUUAAAACGUAAACAUGUGUCAUGCUGAUGAAUAUGGCACAUAGCAGAAUGUUUUUUUUCUUAAGGAAAUAUUGUUGGACCCGUAUUCCGGUCAAAUUGCGUAAGUUACAUGUACACCCAGGAAACCAGAAUUUAAUUGAUCAUGGACAAACACUUGCGAAUAUAUAUUUGCUGAAAUCACGGUAUGGUUUUCAUUCUCCCUAUUUUGAUAAACAGUUAAAGCAGAAAAUAGUAAUUGACUUUAGUUCACCAAACAUUGCAAAAACAUUCCACGUUGGUCAUUAUAGAUCAACAGUAAUUGGAAAUUUUAUCAGCAAUAUAUUGAAAGCUGCUGGCCAUGAAGUAUGUCGAAUCAACUACCUUGGUGAUUGGGGUUUGCAAUUUGCACUUAUUGCGCUUGGAUUUCAAAAGUAUGGUUGUCAUACUUUAUUACGAAAAGACCCACUAACUCACUUGUUUGAUGUAUAUGUUAAAAUUUCAUCGGAAUCUAAAAAUAAUCCAGACGUUCUAGAAGAAGCAAACACCAUAUUUUUAAAGAUGGAAAACAAUGAUAAAAAAGUUAUGGAAUUUUGGGACUUAAUUCGAAAAGUUAGCUUAAAAGAAUAUCGUAAGUUGUAUGAUAAAAUAAACAUAAGUUUUGAUGAAUAUAAUGGUGAAUCAGAAUACAGGGAUAAGGCAAAGUGGAUUAUUUCCAAUUUACAACAAGCAUCUUUACUUACGAAUGUAAAUGGUAAAAUUUGCAUGGAUUUAAGUAAUUCUGAUUGGUUGGACAAUACACCGAAUCACACCGCAACACUUGCCAGGGCAAACGGGACGACGGUAUAUCUUUCACGCGAUGUAGCAGCUGCAAUUCACAGACAUGAUGUUCAUAAGUUUGAUCGGUCAAUUUAUAUAACUGAUGAAAAUCAAAGGUUUCAUUUUCAACAACUCUUUGCGAUCCUUGAUAAAAUGGGAUAUAAAUGGGCAAGAAGGUCCGAAGGUCGGCUUGUACACAAAACUUUUGGUAGAAUUUCAAAAAUGCAAACAAGAAAGGGUGAAGUUGUGUUUUUUACUGACAUACUUGAUGAAGCCAUGGAAAAGUUAAAAACAGACAGACAACAACAUGGCACCAGAAAACGUGACAUAAAAAACGAAAACGAGGUGGUAAAAUUGCUUGCUCUAUCUGGGUUACUGUGUCAUGAUUUUAAAGCCAAGCUGCAUAAAGGUUACGCAUUUAGCUGGACUGCAGUAUUAUCUUCCAAAGGGUUCACCGGGCUCUUUCUCCAAUAUACACACUGUAGAUUGUGUAGUCUUGAGGAGAACUGUGGUGUUCCUUUAGUCUCAUGCAUUGACAUAAAUGUGCUUGAACAAUAUCAAGACAUGGUAAACAUUAUACAACAUCUUUCAUGCUACAGUGAAGUGGUGAAAGCCGCUUAUGUUAGUUUAGAGCCUUCUUACGUUCUUAAGUAUCUUUUUCAUUUAAGCCACUUAACAGCAAAAGGUUUAAAGAGUUGCAAUAUUAAGGGAGCAUCAUCAAAAGAUGCAGAAACAUUAUUAUUUAGUUUUCACUGUGCUAAAAUUAACUUGGCAAAUGGUAUGCAACUCUUGGGCAUUACUCCUCUGAAAAAAAUGUGAUUUAAUAUUACAUUUUUUGUUUAACAAAUUUUAUUAAAAAAACAAAUGUAUGUAAAAGGCUGUUAUUGUUUGUCUAUGUGACAAGUGGGAAGAAUUUAUCAGCAUACAGCCAGUUGGCAACAAAGUUGUUAAAUUUCCA